AUGUCUCGACCGAUUCUUCUCAUAGUCGCGCUCUGCAUCGCCCUCGUCCAGGCCAGCCCCACUAACCAUCGCAUCGUCGGAGGCUUCCCGAUCGACAUCCGGGACGCCCCGUUCCAGGUUUCGCUCAACUAUUACCGCGAACACUGGUGCGGAGGAUCGCUGAUCGGAAGCCGCUGGAUCUUGACGGCGGCGCAUUGCAUGGACGUUAGUGACAUCCCCCUGAUGAAGGUUCGCGUUGGAUCUACUCACCAUGAAUCUGGUGGCGAGUUGGUUGAGAUCCGGCGGGUUCUGCCGCAUCCGCUGUACAACUCCAGUUCGGUGGACUACGACUUUGGUCUCUACUUUGCGCUGCUGGAGUUGGAGGAGUCGGUGCAGCUGAGUGAGGAGUUCUUCGCGGUUGAGCUUCCGGGACGGGGGGAACCCGUUGAGGAUGGUCAGCUGUUGCAGGUUUCCGGCUGGGGUGACACCCAGAAUGAGGAAGAGUGUGACGACGUGUUGAGGGCGACCAUCGUUCCGGCCGUGAACCAGGAGGAGUGUCGGAGGGCGUACAGUACGGGUCAUGAGGUUACCGAUCGGAUGAUCUGCGCAGGGUACCUGGGUGGAGGGCAGAGUGCCUGCCAUGGUGAUUCCGGGGGACCUUUGGUGCAUGGAAGGACCGUGGUCGGAGUUGUAUCGUGGUCAAGGGGAUGUGCCCAGCCGGGGUAUCCGACGGUUUAUGGAAGAGUAGCAGCGGUGCGGGAUUGGAUCGAGGAGAAUUCUGGGAUCUAAUUUUGACUAAUCAAAUUGUAGUCAUGUUAUUUUAAGCAAAUAUAAAGUUUAAAGAAAGUCUAGCCUUCAACAAACCCUCCAAAAUCUUAUUUGCCUUUGAUUCUAGUUCCAACUUCAAGCCCAAAAGAGUUCCAAGCUCCAACCAAUACACCUUUCCUCCCAAUCAAGCAGAACGAGAAAAAAAACUCCUCACUCGCACGAGAGAGUGAGUGACACCCGGUUAAGACACGAACCUCGCAAAGGAGAACCCCGAGAAAAGAGCAACUCAGGUGGUUCAGCAACAGCAACUUCAACCGGCAGCUACAGACCUCAACUCCAUCCGGCGCAACCACGGGUCGUCAGUAUUGUAACGACAGGUAGACGGUGCAAACACGAGUGAGUUCGGUUGAUCCGUACCAGGUGAAGGAGACGCGAGAAGUCCGGGAAGUUCAGCAAAUCAACAAGGAAGAAGUAGAAGAAAAAGUCAACCGUGGACAGUGACGACGACGACGACGACAACAACGCAAAAGGAACCUCAAGAGAAUCCCGCAGGAGAAGAGUAGGCUUGUUGCAAGCUGCAGAACCUCGAGAAGAACGGUCAAGAAGAAGUUUGCCAAGUUCAGUGCGUUGUUACAUCGGCGGCGGCCAGGAAUACAGGUUCUGAACGAGAGAGAAAACGAAGCCCGCGACGACGACCAGGUUGUUGUUCACCAUCGGAAAAAAAAGUGUCGAGGUGUGCGUUUUGUGUUUCAGUGUUUUCAGAGAGUGGUA